GAGGUGGCGGUGGUGGUGGUGGUAGAGGCCAUGACGUCACAGCCAGCCAGGGUAUAUAAAGGCCGCUGCAAGAAGAGGUCCAGAAUCAUUCACCGGGACGCUGCAGUGAGGCAAGGACCAUGAAGACACUCCUUCUCCUCUCCCUUCUGGGGCUGGCGGCGCUGGGUGAGGGGCGGAGGCAUAGCGACAAGAAGGAAAUUUACAAGGGCACGUACGUCGGCAAGCUGUCCACGCUGGAGCACAAAGUCAGCGGGGAUGUGUACUGCGUGAACAACAUAACGAUCUAUAUUGAAAACUUUACCUAUGAUGGGGAGGCGCCUGAUGCCUUCUUUUUCGCUGGCAACAGAGACGAAACCCCGAGUAACCGUGGCUUCAUCAUUCCCGACGAGAGGAGCAGGAAGGAGGUGCUGGGGCCUUACAGUGGACGUAACCUCGUUUUGAAAUUCCCCAUCACCAAAAAAGGUCAACGUUCCUUCAGUGAUAUUAAAUGGAUCUCUGUGUGGUGCAGAAGGUUUGGCAUUGACUUCGGGCACGUAAAGGUUCUUCGUGACCUAGUGAAGCCAGCGCCUCAGGUUGCCACGGGACUGCGGAGUGACAAGCCACGCCUCACCUCAAAGUCCGUUUCUAUCCCUGAUACUCACACUAUUGAGUUGGAGGACUUUACGUUCGACGGCACGGUGGCAGACGCAAUCUUCGUGAUGGGGAGCGGGGACAAGGACAGCAGCGGGGCCCAGGUACCCAAUGAGCGCGGGUCCACACAGCCCCUCUCUAAGUACUCCAGCAGGACCCUUCGUCUGGAGAUUCCUGACGAGUUCAAAGGUCAACCCAUGCAAUACUUCGGCGUGUGGUCACCUACUAAGGGCAUGCUGGCUUCCGUGACCUUUGACCCCGAUGUACCCGUGCCCCCCGCCCUCUCCUCUCUCCGUUAAUAACUUGACCUGUCUCUCUCUGUGUGUCUGUUUUUUUCUCUCUCUUUUUUUUUCUCUCUCUUUUUCUCUUAUUCUUUUUUUUUUCUUUUAUCUUUGUUAUUAUCCAUCUCUUAUUUCAAGUUGAUGUAGUUUUAAGUCUAUCUAGCACACACACACACACACACACACACACACACACACACACACACACACACACACACACACACACACACACGAUAAAAACAUUUUGAUACUUUUAUUUUUUGACAUUUAAACAUCAAAAGCAUGAAAAUAAUAUAGUUUGCGUGCGUGCGUGCCUGCCUGCGUGUGCGUGUGUGUGCGUGUGUGUGUGUGUGUGUGUGUGAGUGUGUGUGUGUGUGAGUGUGAACCAAUAAAGGCUCUGAUAAAUGUAGACCAGUUUUUAUUUCCUCAUGACCUGGUGUGGCCUGGUACCCUUCCUGCUGUGACCUGCUGCCUACCCCCCCCCCCAGCUGUCCCCUGCUGUCCCCUGCUGUCCCCUGAUUUAGUCCAGUGUUACCUGCUGUGACCUCCUAACCUGGUAUUUUAUGACCUGUUUAUUUACCUGCUGUCUAUAAAUUUUUCCUGCUAACUCAUGACCUGUCUGCUACACUGUCCUCUGCUCUGACCUGCUGUGACCUGCUCUGACCUGCUAUCUCUUAUGAUCUGCUUCUAAUAAUGCUUUUCCUACUGUUUUUCAUUAAGUUUCCUGCUUUCUUCUCUCUCUGCUAGCUAGUCUCCUGCCUACUGUGGCCUGCUCUCUACCUACUUACUGCUGAGGUAAUGUUGGUUAAGGUAAUGUUGGUGAAAAAUGAAUAAAUAAAUAAAUAAUAAAUGAAUAAAUGAGUAAAAAAGUGUAAGAAAGAAUUAAUAAACAGAAGAGUAACACAUGAAGGUAAAAGAGAGUAAAGAAGAUAAAAGAGAAAGAAAAAAACAAAAGUAAUAAUAAUAAUAAUAAUAAUAAUAAUAAUAAUAAUAAUAAUAAUAAUAAUAAUAAUAAUAAUAAUAAUAAUAAUAAUAAUAAUAAUUCCCCUUAUACAACAACAUGCAUAAUUGUCCUACUGUCACAAGGAAAUAGACAGGAAGAUUCAGUACAAACCAAAACAUCAUGAACGAGACAAAAAUUGGAGCUAUGUAAACUACCCGGACAACUGAGGCGCAAUUUUAGCUAAGUCUGCCCUGAUAUAAGAAGAAAAUGGCUAGGAAGAAAAUGAAUUCCAGGCAUAACUCAUCAAAUCAACCAUUAACAUCCAAACUUGGCUUAUACCUAUUAGGAAAAAAGGUAAAAAAAUGUAUAAACCAAGCUAAAUAAAGGAAAAAAGGUUAAAUGAACGUUAAUAUUAAGGCGAGAAGGCAUAGGUGUAGAUUUCCCAGUUUGCAGGCAGUAAAAUAUUAAGUGUUUGAGAGUGACGAACAGAAACAGUGUCACGUAGCAGAGAAAAUGAAAAAAAAGAGAAAAACAGAUAAUUUCCUGAUAAAAAGACGAGCACUUGUUUGUUUUGCCUCAUUUAUGCAGUUAACAGCCAGUAAAGUAUUUGAACGUAGCCAUAGAAGUUAAUUAAAUGAUUUAGAGUGCCACGGAGCAGGGAGUAUCAAAACACCUAUUAUUUCUUUACCAUGAGGCGUUAAGAGAAUAUAUUUUGAAGUUUGUAGGCAAUAGAUUAUUUACAAGUGCCGGUAGAGCUUAAAUAAGUGUCUGGGGAGGAUUUAAGAUUAGGGAAUACAGUGACAAAUAGAAGAAAUAAUGAAAACAUCUAUUUUUCUUCAGGGCGUAACGAGAAUUACUGUUUUUUUGGUUCAUUUCUCCGACACCUCCUAUUAACACACCCUCCUGUACUCACCACAAGGCACUCAGCUCCUCCUUGACUCACGAGAGAAGAAUAGGGGAGUCACGAAGGCCCUCUAAAGGCUUAUAUAACACAAAAUACCGUAACUCACUGAAAAAAAAACCGCGCCAAAACUGAUCUACCUCUCCCGCCGGCCACCAUAACAAAGACUAUCGUACACUCUCGUACAUUAUCGUAGAUUUUUUUUCCUUUAUGGGUUUUUAGUUAUUGUAUUGCUUGGAUAAAUAUGUUUUUAUAUACUAAGUGUAAUUUAAGACUAUAACUGCUUGUAAGAGAAUAAAUAGGUUUUCAUAGAGGUAAUCUCGAUAGUUUGUGCUCCAUCCUGCACGACCGUUGCGCAGAAUAACUCUUUCCCUCGUUUCUCUGAUAACAACCGCCCAUACAGACAACCAAAUACUGGACAGGAUAUGAAAAUAAAAGCUGAAAUUAAAAUGCCAAUAAAAGAAAAUGCUGUUAGAAGUGUUUAUCCUUAAAAAAAUUAAAAAAAGUGACAUCAAUCUAAUCUUUCACCAUCGUCAUCAUCAGCCAGUGUUGUUGUUUUAAGUUUUCUCAGAGUGCGGACGUGAAAUCUUUGCCUUUUUUAGCCGAUUUUUAUUUUGUUAUCGAGGAAAGCUGAAUGAUAAGUGCAGGAACAUCAGUGCUACGCUAUUACUGUGUGACCGAAGGCGUGAAAUAAGGAGGCACUGCUGCAGAAUCUUCAAUUACUCCCGCUUUGACAAGGAGAGGCCAGGUGAGGUACGGGUUAACUCUUACCUUGUUAUCUUAUAAAAACAUAAGAAAAAACGUAAGAAAUAGGGGAAGCUGCAAGAAGCCAUCAUGCCUACACGUGGCAGUCCCUGUGUGAAAUAUAUCCACCAUCAAUAAAUCCGUCAAUCUUCUCUUAAAGCUCCCUAAUGACUCAGCACUAACAACCUAAUUACUGAGCCCGUUCCGUCGUUGUGGCUUGUAUCAAUUCCCGUUCAGUAGUGCAGGGGGGGGGAUGGUUACGUUAGCUUAUGGUAAAAAAAAAAAACAAAAAAAAAACACUUGGAUUCUGAAACAUGACCGAUAUUUUUCCCUGUGUGCAAAAAUGAAACCAGACAAUUAUGCAAACUCUUUAUUUCAGCUUUAUUUUCUUUUUUUUCAUUCACUUAUUUAUUUAUUUAUUUAUUUAUUCAUUUAUUUAUUUAUACCAUCUUGUUUAUCAUAUUAUAUCGUGUUUAUUAUAUAUUAAUUUGUUUACGCUGUUUCAGGCAUACAAUACAUAGGAGACUAUUAUCAUUAUUAUACAAGGAACAUUGUUUAAAUGGAUAUAAUACAAUAUAAGGAUGAGAAAUAUUAGAAUAACAGCAUUUUCUUUACAGGUAAAUGAUGUGUGUGUGUGUGUGUGUGUGUGUGUGUGUGUGUGUGUGUGUGUGUGUGUGUGUGUGUGUGUGUGCAGCCACAGUCGACAGAAGGCUGCAAGAUUCGUCUAUAUUUACAUGACAAAGGAGGAGGAGGAGGAGGAGGAGGAGGAGGAGGAGGAGGAG